AUGAAGUCCUUCGGUGUCAUCGCUCUCGCUGCUUCGGCCUCUGCUGCCUACAUCAACGGCACUGUUCCUAUGAACGGCACCGUCUACACCACUGAGGUCGUCACUGCCCUGACCACUGUCUGCCCCGCCCCUACCUCCGGCGGCGUCUACACCACCACCAUUGCCAACAACGUCUACACCGUCAAGUCGGCCACCACCAUCACCGUCACCAACUGCCCCUGCACUCUGACCAAGCCUGCCACAUCCAUGGCCACCGGUGGUUCUGCCACUUCCAGCAUGCCCGCAAUCUACACCGGUGCUGCUGGUGCCAACGUUGUCGCUGCCGGUUACGGUCUCGCCGCCUUCGGUGCCGCUGUCGCUUUCCUGUAA